AUGGUACUUUUCAUCCGACUUGGCAACGGAAGAUGCGGGCCCAUGGCGACUGACUACUUCGACUGCGGGCGUCUUCCGUGUCUCCAAGCUUCUUCCUUGGGGCAAUGUCGUCAACCGGUUAUUUACUGCAACCUAGGCAUGCCAGCGGCCAAAUCAUGGUGGAGGAGAAGAUCCCAUCAUCCCAUGAGGUCCUCGGGGCCGGCGUGCUGUUCAUCACAUUCGGGGUUCUCGACCAGCAAUGAACAAGAGGCUGGGAGAACCCGGAGAGAACGGAUCAACAAACACCGGGUGCCUCCUUGCUCGGGGCCCACUUAUCGGCUCGGGGCAAGCCGCGCCCGGAGCUCCCACAACUGUUGA